GGCAGUGAAGGGGUGAAUGGAGGCGCACUCUUUCACUUCCCCUCGGACGCUCCUCUCUCCGCCUGACUCGUUCUCGCGAUAACAGCCGGGCGGAUCCAUCAUGGCGGAAGAGGAAGUGGGUAAACUGCAGAAGCACUUGACGCUUCUGCGCCAGGAAUACGUGAAGAUGCAGCAGAAACUGGCAGAGACGGAAAAGAAAUGCACCCUUCUGGCUGCCCAUUCCAACAAGGAGGUCUCCAAUGAUUCCUUCAUCAGUCGGCUCCUGGCAAUCGUUGCUCAGCUCUUCCAGCAGGAACAGUACAGUGACCUAAAGAUAAGAGUCAGAGAACAGCACAUCCACGCUCACAAAUUUGUGCUGGCUGCUAGGAGUGAGGAUUGGAGUCUGGCCAGUUUGGCCACAACUAAGGAGCUGGAUCUGUCAGAUUCUAAUCCUGAGGUAACCAUGGCUAUGCUCCGCUGGAUCUAUACGGAUGAGCUGGACCUACGGGAGGACGAUAUCUUCUUAACAGAGUUGAUGAAGCUUGCAAAUCGGUUUCACUUGCAGCUCCUUCGAGAGAGGUGUGAAAAGGGUGUGAUGUCAUUGGUGAAUGUGAGGAAUUGUAUCCGUUUCUAUCAGACAGCAGAAGAACUCAAUGCAGCCACUCUUUUAAACUAUUGUGCUGAGAUCAUUGCAAGUCACUGGGAUGACCUAAAAAAAGAGGAUUUCAGCUCAAUGAGUGCUCAGCUGUUGUACAAAAUGAUUAAAUCAAAGACACAAUUCCCUUUACACAAAGCAAUUAAGCUGGAAAGAGAAGACGUGGUUUUUCUGUAUCUGAUAGAGAUGGAUUCCGAGUUGCCUGGAAAGCUAAACGAGCUGGACCAAAAUGGAGAUCUUGCUCUGGAUCUUGCACUUUCUCGAAAGCUGGAGAGCAUCGCCACUACUUUGGUUACUAACAGAGCAGAUGUUGACAUGGUAGAUAAGAAAGGAUGGAGUCUUUUGCACAAAGCCAUCCAAAGGGACGAUAAAUUUGCUGCCACUUUCCUCAUCAAGAAUGGCGCUCUUGUAAAUGCUGCUACUAUUGGUGAACAAGAGACUCCUCUACAUCUGGUAGCUGCCUGCACAGUGAAGGAUCACAGUCUGGAAGUAAUGUCUGAUGUUGCACAAAUAGCCGAGGCACUUUUACAUGCAGGAGCUAAUCCAAACAUGCAAGAUGGUAAAGGAAGGACUCCGCUUCACACUGCUAUUCUUUCUAGAAAUGAGUAUGUCUUUAACCAGCUGCUUCAGUGCAAACAAUUAGAUUUAGAACUAAAGGACCACGAGGGAAGCACAGCGCUGUGGCUGGCAGUUCAGUAUAUCACCGUGUCCUCGGACCAGUCCGUGAACCCAUUUGACGAUGUCCCUGUUGUGAAUGGAACGUCGUUCGAUGAGAAUAGCUUUGCGGCAAGGCUUAUCAACCGAGGCAGCAACACUGAUGCACCUGACACUGUAACAGGCAACUGCUUGCUACAGAGAGCUGCUGGAGCAGGGAAUGAAGCUGCUGCUUUGUUCCUGGCAACCCAUGGGGCAAAGGUCAACCAUAAAAACAAGUGGGGCGAAACACCGCUACACACAGCCUGUCGGCAUGGGCUUCCCAAUCUCACAGCAGAGCUAUUACAGCAGGGAGCCAAUCCAAAUAUUCAGACACAAGAAGCAGUUGCUUCUUCUAAGGGUUCUCCAGCAACCAGCCCAUCAUCCAGCACCUAUUUACAAACACCAUUGCACAUGGCAAUAGCCUACAACCAUCCUGAUGUUGUAACAGUCAUAUUAGAACAAAAAGCCAAUGCCCUACAUGCAACAAAUAACCUUCAAAUCAUUCCGGACUUCAGCUUGAAGGAUUCUAGAGAACAAACUGUACUGGCACUGGCUUUAUGGACAGGUAUGCACACCAUUGCUGCACAACUUCUGGGGUCAGGAGCAUCCAUUAAUGACACCAUGUCUGAUGGACAGACUCUGCUACAUAUGGCAAUACGAAGGCAGGAUAGCAAAAGUGCCCUCUUCCUUCUGGAACAUCAGGCUGAUAUAAACAUUAGGACCCAGGAUGGAGAAACUGCUCUUCAGCUUGCCAUUAAAAAUCAGCUUCCCUUAGUGGUUGAUGCUAUAUGCACAAGAGGCGCAGAUAUGUCUGUUACUGAUGAACAGGGAAACCCUCCCCUCUGGCUGGCCUUAGACAAUGACUUAGAAGAUAUUGCAUCAACACUGGUAAGACAUGGAUGUGAUGCAACUUUUUGGGGGCCUGGUCCAAGUGGAUGCCUACAGACCCUUCUUCACAGAGCCAUUGAUGAAAACCAAGAAAAGGUGGCCUGUUUCCUUAUUCGCAGUGGUUGUGAUGUAAAUAGCUGCAGAAAACCAGGACCAAAUGGUGAAGGGGAAGAAGAGGCCAGAGAUGGACAAACGCCUUUACAUUUAGCUGCUUGUUGGGGUUUGGAGGAAGUAGUUCAGUGCCUUCUGGAAUUUGGUGCCAAUGUAAAUACCCAGGAUGCAGAGGGGAGAACUCCAAUCCACAUUGCCAUUAGCAAUCAGCACAGUGUAAUUAUCCAGCUAAUGAUUUUACACCCAGAUAUAAGACUGAAUGUGCGAGACAGGCAAGGUAUGACCCCUUUUGCCUGUGCUAUGACAUUCAAAAACAAUAAAGCUGCAGAAGCAAUCCUGAAACGGGAGCCAGGAGCAGCUGAGCAGGUGGAUAAUAAAGGAAGGAACUUCAUGCAUGUGGCAGUGCAGAAUUCUGACAUCGAGAGUGUACUCUUUCUGAUCAGUGUACUUGCCAAUGUCAAUUCAAGAGUGCAGGAUGCCUCCAAGUUAACCCCCCUCCAUCUAGCUGUGCAGGCUGGAUCAGAAAUUAUUGUCCGCAACUUGCUCCUUGCAGGUGCCAAGGUGAAUGAAUUGACCAAGCAUCGUCAGACUGCACUUCACCUCGCAGCACAGCAGGAUCUGCCCACCAUCUGUUCUGUACUCUUGGAGAAUGGCGUUGAUUUUGCAGCCACAGAUGAAAAUGGCAAUAAUGCUCUUCAUCUUGCAGUAAUGCAUGGUCGGUUGAACAAUAUCCGUUGCCUUUUAACGGAGUGUAAUAUUGAUGCAGAAGCACUUAAUGUAAGGGGCCAAUCUCCAAUGCACAUUUUGGGCCAAUAUGGGAAGGAAAACGCAGCAGCCAUAUUUGAACUCUUCCUAGAAUGUAUGCCAGAAUACCCCCUGGACAAGCCAGACACAGAGGGAAACACAGUGAUUCUCUUGGCCUAUAUGAAGGGAAAUGCAAAUCUGUGCCGAGCCAUUGUGAAAGCUGGUGCUAGGCUGGGAGUGAACAAUAACCAAGGCAUCAACAUAUUCAACUAUCAAGUUGCCACUAAACAGCUUCUUUUUAGACUUUUAGAUAUGUUAUCUCAGGAGCCCCCAUGGUGUGAUGGCUCUAAUUGCUAUGAGUGUAUAGCCAAGUUUGGAGUCACCACAAGAAAACAUCAUUGUCGACAUUGUGGACGGCUUCUAUGUCACAAGUGCUCAAUGAAAGAAAUUCCUAUUAUCAAGUUUGACUUAAAUAAACCAGUUCGGGUUUGCAACAUAUGCUUCGAUGUGUUGACUCUAGGUGGAGUUUCUUAGUACAUUUGGUUGCAAACAAAUUGCUUUGUGAAGGAAGGCCGCUUUCUCCAAAGACUGUUGAGAGCUGAGCUGCAGAUGUUUGCACUUCAUCAAGGACCAUAUCAUGAUAUAUUCCAGUAAAAAACAAUUUGAUUGUACCUGUAUAGGCUUUAUUAGAUACUAACUGGACGCCGUCUUUUUAAGUCCGUGCUUAAUGUGUACUAGUUUGGAAAAAGGCAACCUUGGUAAAGUCUUGACAGAAGACCGAUGGGAUCGACGGUCGAGUCACUCGCCAGCCCAAUAGGGUUUCCCAGACUCCUCCCCCUUCCAUUGACAUUGUCUUCAGAUCAUGUCCAUCACUUGUAAAGUUCUGUACUGUACCCCUGACUUCAGGUGGAGAAUCUGUAAGGAGCAUUUUGUAUUACAGGGUUCAGAAAGCCAAUUAAAUUGUGGCCUUACAAUAUAAGCUUUAUAACCAACACUAUAUUGAAAAUCUUUGUAGCACUUUCCUCAUUCAGUAUACCCAUCUCAUCCAGAGCACGCCAUUCAUAUAAUUAAUUGGGUUUCAGUUUACUUGCUUCCAGCAAAUAGGUCAGUAUAGUUCUGCAUUAUUAUUCUAAUUUUACUUAGCAUCUGUUAUUCCCAACCACGCACACAUAUUUUUCUCAUCUGAUCAGAAUACAAAGUGCUUUGUGUCAUAGAACCUAACACUUGUGAAAUUGUUUAAACACUAACAUCUAAGGAAAAAAAAUAUGUUGCGCCUAAUCAUUUGAUAUACAAAAAAAUAAAUAUCCAAGCUGCGUGGAUGCAUUGUAUGUUUUA